GAUUUAUAAAUCAGAUGUGUUUGACAUUCAGCCAUAAACAUCAAAGCAUUUAUUAAAGGAAAACAUUGAAAUGGCGUACCUUAUUAUAAAAAUUGUGUUCUUUUUUCUAAAUUAUCUCCGCUCAAUGGAGAUAAUUUGGGAAUUGUUUGAUUCUAACCGGUUAGCAAGGAAACGUUUGCUGUAUGAACACUUAGCACUAAAAAUGUGUAGUAUAUAUGGAGCGAAGUCAACAAGGUCUAUUUGGAUAAAGACUCGUGGCCAAAUGUUUUGGGAAGUCGACUGCCAGGUGAAUUCGGAUGCGUUUUUUAAAAACAACUUCCGAAUGAAGCGCAAUUCUUUUAUUAAAUUGUGCAUUAUGUUGAAAGGUUUGGAGAAGGAAAAUACCAACUACCGCAAAGCAAUUCCAUUAGAGAAACGCAUUGCUAUUGCUUUAUAUGCUCUUGGCUCUUCUGCAGAAUAUCGAACAAUUGGAAAUAUGUUCGGAAUUGGUAAAAGCACUGUCUGCUCCAUUCUAAUUGAUUUCUGUCAUGAAGUCUGGCGUUGUUUGUGGCCUUUGUAUUUGAAGAAAUUCCCAAUGAACGAAAUUCAAUUGCGCGAAUAUUUAAAUGGUUUUGAGUCAUUGGGUUUCCCUCAAGUGUUAGGAGCUAUAGAUGGUUGUCAUAUAGAAGUUCGCCCAGCUGCAGAAGAUGCUGUUGACUACUACAAUUACAAAGGCUGGUAUUCCACAGUUCUUUUGGCUUUAGUAGAUGCAAGAUGUCGCUUUAUAUACAUCAACGUUGGUAGUCCAGGCCGUUGUAAUGACUCUUCAAUAUUUGAGAGAUCAUCUUUAAAAUGCGAGUUGGCACAAUCUACUAUAUUUAAAGACAUGAGUAAACAAAUAUCGUCAGUUAAUGUUCCAGUCGUUUUGUUGGGCGACUCUGCGUUCAAAUUUGAUGAUCAUUUGAUGAAACCGUACCCAUUUUGUGUAAACCAACCUUUGGAUAAAAAAAAUUCAACUAUGUACUCUCGAAAUGCCGAAGAGUGGUGGAGAAUGCUUUCGGUCAUUUAAAGGGAAGGUUUAGACGGGUUGGAAAAGGCUUGGAUAACCACAUGGCCAACACGAAAAUCGUCAUAAAAGCGUGCUGCGUUUUGCACAACUUUUUAAAUGAGGAAAAUGAUGAAAUUAACGAAAAGUGGAUUGCAGCACAACAAAUCGAAAACGAAUCUCGGCAGUUGCCAGAAGACGUCUCUAACAUUUGUGGAAAUGUUAACCCAAGAGCAGAGGAAAUAAGACAAGCAUUCGUUUCGUAUUUCGCAUCGCUUGACGAUGGCCGAGCGCAACCACGCGACGUAGAAGGUCCAUCGCUUGGGCUUGGGAGCGGCGGCUCUCCUUCUGUAUCGUCCUCAAUAUAAAUUGGUUCCAUGUCAACUGAAAAUAGAAGAAACAAAUAAAAGUUGGACGUAUAUUCGUGUCCAGCCAAAAGCAUCGUACAGGACAUUUCCUCGUAUAUGUGGUUAUUUUUCCGCGUUGAU